ACAAACAGGAGGUUUUGGCAGGCUCUCCAAAUCACCAGGCUUCGGCUUGGUGACACAGAGAACGUUCCUUGGGCUAGGAGAGAAACACGGUCACUAAAUGCAGUGCAGCAGCACUGCACAAGAAGCAGAAGAGACUCUUUGGCCUUUACACCCUCAUGCCCAGGUUUCAGGCAUGUUUCCCAGUGAGAAGCAACUGCACAGUGGGUUAGGUUCCUCUCUAAAGACCACAGUUUUAGAAACUUUGUUGUCCAGCGACCUCCAGGCUCCGUUGGAAAGCUUGGAAUUGGCCUUCUGCUCCCUCGUUCCUGCCGACCUCACCUUCCUCCCCCAAAGCUUCCAAGCUCUGGCCCUCAAGCGCUUGGACCUGAGCAGACAUGACUUCUCCCAGGGCCUCCUGGAGCCUCUGCGGCUGCUCCUGGAGGAAACCUCAGCCUCACUGCUGCACCUGGAUCUCAUGGAAUGCUGCAUGGCCGACUCCCAUCUGGAUGCGCUGCUGCCGCCGCUGCGCCACUGCUCGCACCUGUGUUUCCUGGGAGUCUACGGCAAUCCCAUGUCUACGGCCACGCUCAAGGAUCUGCUCCAGAAAACCUUGGAGCUGCGCGACAUCCACCUGGUCGUCUAUGCCUUCCCGUGGAUUGCUGCAAGCCGGAGCCACCGCCGCCAGAAUCCGCCAGGAAUUUUGAGGAACUGGUGGACGAAGAACUUUUGGCGGCAGCCAAUGUUGAGUUUUGCCAAAUGUUGACGAAUUCCAGGAGGAGUGACCUCGUGUGGACUUCCAACCCCUACGGCCACGGAACCUUGGACUUCUUCUCCUUGUGAUUUAGGAAAAGCUUGGAGCCUCCAUAGUGGAAAAGCUCCAACACCUUAAUUUCAAAUUCUUCAUCCCAAAAUCCAAAUCCUUCAUCCCAAAAUCCAAAUCCUUCAUCCCAAAGUCCAAAUCCUUCAUCCCAAAAUUCCGCCUCAUUCUGUUUUUUUUCCUUUAUUUUGGUGCUUUUCUGUCUGGUUUUUAUAUUUUUUCACCCCAUCCUGGUGUUUUGUGUUUUAUUUUAGG